AUGCUCACUGUAUUGUGGGCGCUACUGGUGUUCUUCCAUGGCGUCGCCUCCGCGAAGGUGACAUACCACGAGUACAACAUCACGUGGGUCACCCGCAACCCUGAUGGACUACACGAAAGGCCCGUCAUGGGCAUAAAUGGCCAAUGGCCUAUACCAGCUCUUCGCGUUACGAAAGGCGAACGAGUCGUUGUCACAGUGCACAACCACCUUGGCAACAUGACCACUAGCUUGCAUUGGCAUGGCCUUUACCAGAAUGGCACAGCGCAUAUGGACGGCCCGCCAGGCGUAACACAGUGUGAAAUCCCGCCUGGUGAUAGUUUCAUCUACGACUUCAAGGUCGACCAGCCGGGGACAUACUGGUUUCAUUCUCACACCAGAGGCCAAUAUCCUGAUGGACUCCGAGCUCCGCUCAUUGUCGACGAUCCGGACAAUCCCUUCAAGGAUGAUUUCGACGAAGAGAUUGUACUCUCCUUCUCGGAUUGGUACCACGAUUCGAUGAUACCGCUCCUCUCGUCUUUCAUCAGCGUCACCAACCCGACCGGCGCGGAACCUGUGCCAAACUCGGCCUUGAUCAAUGAUUCCCAGAAUGUCACAGUUGCAGUUCAGGCAGGAAAGACUUACAUGAUACGCAUGGUGAACAUGGCUGCGUUUGCAGGCAUGUACGUGUGGUUCCAGAGCUGCUCAAUGAGAGUCGUUGAAGUGGAUGGCAUCUAUACCAAACCUACCGAAGCGAGCAUGCUUUACCUUACGGCUGGUCAACGAUACUCGGUGCUUCUGACCAUCGACAGCGAUGCUGCGACCAACAUUCCUUUUGUAGCAAGCAUGGACGAGGAACUAUUCGAUGCUAUUCCAGAUGACUUGAGAUCCAACGUAACUGGCUGGCUUGUACUGGACAGCACUCGAGAACAUCCAAAACCAUCGGAUGUUGACGAUUUCGAGCCCUUGGACGACUUGUCAAUCCAACCCUUGGACAGUUUGGAUUUGUUCGACAAAGUGGACAGAACUGUCAGGCUAGAUAUCAAGAUGGACAACCUGGGAGACGGUGCUAAUUAUGCCUUCUUCAAUGACAACACAUAUGUCGAACCGACAGUCCCGACCCUAUACACUGUCAUGUCCUCCGGCCAAGCUUCCAGCAACUCGCUUGUCUAUGGCAGUCACACCAAUUCUUUCGUGCUGAAUGGAAACGAGACCGUUGAAAUCAUUCUGAACAAUGACGAUGAUGGGAAACACCCAUUUCAUCUCCACGGACACGCCUUCCAAGUCAUCGAACGCUCCGCGGAGGAUGCGGGAUUUUACCAGGCCGGUAGCGCAGCCAGCCAGCCUGCCGUACCCAUGAGGCGUGACACCAUACUGGUAAACCCCAACGGCUACGCGGUUCUCAGAUUCCGCAGCGAUAAUCCCGGUGUUUGGCUUUUCCACUGCCACAUCGAAUGGCACGUUACCACCGGCCUCAUCGCAACCUUCAUCGAGGCGCCGCUCGAGCUCCAGAAAACAACAACCAUCCCACCAUCCCACUACAAUCUCUGUGCGCGAAACAAACCAGCGGUUCCUACGUCUGGAAAUGCAGCCGGUAAUGUCGAUGACCUGCUCAACCUCCAGGGCGAGCCUGCGCCUCCGGCACCGCUGCCUGAUGGAUUCACCACGAAGGGUAUCAUUGCGCUAAUAGUCAGUAUCAUAAACGGGCUAGCGAUGGUGGCUAUCAUUGCGUGGUAUGGCAUGCUGCAGAGUCCGGCUGGCGAAGCUGGCGAAAGAGAAGAUGAAGGUCCGCAGGGUGAGAAUCAACCUCUUCUAGCGGCGAGCGACAAUGCGCCGUAG